UACUACUAGGUUAGAGGAUGUACUAGUACUGUAGAAUGUAGAGUAUGAUCGUUUUCGUUAGGUAGCCUACACUAACUAUACAAAGCGAAACAUCGACUAUCAGAGUUACAAGAUUGAAAACAUAAAGUGAAUGUGAACAAUCUAAGUUAGCUUAAUGUCUAUCAGAAACAAAUAAUUAAGUUCAACUACAGUAUUCGUGUCUAGGCUCCUCUGUGUUUUUAAUAGGCACACAGUUGUUGGGUAGCACUUUGUCCUUCAGUGUCCGCAGUUUAAGCUCAGGGGAAAGAAGAAUGGCUGACACAUCAGUCAAUAAAAGUUGGGUUGAACUUUGUGAUGAUGAGCUUAAUUACUCUGAUACCUCUGACAGUGAAAAUAGAGAUCAUAAAGAAAUAUUUGAAAAGAAUUCAAAAACAGAGAGUCUGCCUAAAAACAAAUCACUAGGUAGCCCGAAAAAGAAUGAAAAAGGUUUGAAUAAAAAUACUCCAAGUAAACAUGUUUCUGAAAAAGAAGCGAUUGAAACAAAAGUCAAAAUUAAAGUUGAAAAAGAAGAAUCCCCGUGGCGCUUUUCUUAUGCUACAAUUCUGAAAAAUUCUGCAAGUAAGGAAAACAUAGAAGACUCUUUAAAAACUCCGUCCAAUCAAGUAAACAUUACUGAGAUCGUGGAAACUAAAGAUAACGGAAUUGUAAAAAGUGUCAAGCGAGAAAUUCAACGGGAAUUUUUACAAGAUGACUUAAGUCUUUCCAGCCACUUGGAUGUGUUUCACAUGCAGAGCCCAAUUAAAUUAGAACCUCUUGAUGAACAAAUGGGAAGUCCAAUGAAGUCCGGUCGGGAAAUGAGAUCCUCUAAAAAACGAUUAUGCACUCCAACUAAGCUCUCGUUGAGUGAAGAUGCUGUAUUACCUGAUGAUGUGUUGAUGCCCAGCCCAAAGAAAGUCACCAGGCUCUCCUCGAGGCGAAAGAGGGAACCAGGUGAAAGUCCUUUGGUUUGCAAAAGAUCAAAACAUUCUCCAGGUUCUCGCCAUACUCCUAAAUGUGUAGUGCCAGUUGAAUCCCCAACUAUUGAGUUAGAAACAGAUGAACAAGUAUUAGGUCGGAGACAAAAGCAGAUUGAUUACGGGAAGAAUACUAUUGGAUAUGAGAGAUACCUGCAAAUGGUGCCUAAACAUAAGCGGCACAGAAAGCAUCCUCAGACACCACCUAGACAUGUCAAGUACAGCAGGCGUGCGUGGGAUGGUCUAAUACGUCAGUGGCGCCAACAGCUUCACUUCUGGGACCCUCCGUCCCAGGGCGGUGGCAACAUUGAUGACCUGGACCUGAGCUCCAUGUCGGAGGCCUCCAGUGACACAGGCUCAACACCAGCCACUCCCCGGGACCGGCAUAGAACUGGCCGAACAUCACGUGUUACUCGUUCCAACCGCUCCUCCGAGUGUUCAAGUCUAGCAGAGGACUCGGGAUGUUCACCACUCAAAGACAACUAAUUUACUGUUUUACUAAAGUAUAAUUUGUGUAAUUUUAUCUUUCUGAAACAUUGUGUGAAAGACUUUUUACUGUUUAACAUAGCCGUUUUUAGAAUAAUUAUAUUGCUUACUAUGACUUGGUUGCUUUAAACUUAAAUAAGGUUUUAUUUAAACCCAGCAAUAUUUAUAAAAGAUCGAGUUUCUCAUUAGUUUCUGAAUGUUAGUGUUGUAUGUGACAGGUAAAAGUUAAAAUUCGUUUUAAGAUGUAAACGAAAAUGUUAUCACUAUACCAUUCCUCAGUGCUAGGGUUUUUGUGUCUUAACAGAUAGGCUACACAUUGUAUUUUGUAAUAAAUAAAAAAAAAACACAAAAGGGUUUAAAGCCGACUCUAUACAUAUCCUACGGGAUUUUUAUUUAAAAAAGUUGAUGCCUCAUAUCACUAUGUUUUAUUGUUUAUUGAAAGAAAAAAAAUCUUUUCAAAAUAAUUAUUUUUAUUACUCACUGGGUUAAACUGUAUAUGCGUACUGUAUCAUAUCAAACACAUGAGUUUAAGUGAUGGCUCAUCUAAAAAUAUUCUAUAAUAGAUACAAAUGGAAGUACAAUUACUAAAGGUGAAAUUGCCUUUUUCAGGAGUUGUUCUGGAUUUGUUAGAACAUUAUGAUGUAAUUAAAGUAAAAAAACACUGUAUUAGCAAAUACAAAUAUCCAUAGUUUGUUUUGAAAACUUAAAAGUAAUUUCUUAUGAGUUUUAAUCUCACCUUUUCAUUGUAUAACUACACCAUUGCUUGCUCUCAUUAUUUACUGCACAUAUUUUAAAUUGGCCUAAUAUUUUGUAUAAUUAAAGUUCUUAACAAAAACAUAUGAAUAGAAUCUAUUUUUUAUGAUUAACCUGAACAAGGCUCUCAGAGUACCAACCUAGGCUCAAAUGGUUUUUACAUAAAUAGUGUUUCCAACUACGUGAUUUCUAUAGUUGCUCUUUGAAUUCAAAAUGCAAGAAGUAUUGUAUAUAGAAUGUUUAAUGUAUACCAUGACACUAUAAGGACAAACCUUAGCAUAGGUUUUGUUUGAAUAGGAAUACUGAAAAAUGUGCUUUUUCACAAUAAGUUUAUGCAAAUUAUUAGUAUCUAGGUUAUGUAAAGCCAUUUAAUCUGCUAAUGACAUUUGUUUAAUGAAUAGUCAAUGAAUUUGUCACAUUUUGUUUUAUUGGCUGGAAAAAUAGUCAAAUAAAAAGUUAACUACUUUUCAAAUAUUUUAAAUUGAAGCGUAACAACUACAUUAGACCUUAGCGUUUUGUUGAAAUUUGUAGCUUUAAUUACAUUCUUUCAUACCAUGUA